GAGGUAAACAAAAUGACCUUUAACCCUCAGAUUGUUCACCUUUCAUCCCUUGGAGAUUCAGACAAAGGCUUGCAGGAUUGGAAGAUUGCGAGGAGGUGAAAAUCAAAACUGGAAGCAGGUACACAAUGGCAGAGGCAGGUAAUGGGUCUCCUACUGCUGAUUACCAGCGUUUCAGCGAGAAGUAUCCUACUGGUGUUUUAUACAAUGAUGCAAGCAAAGCCAAAAACCAGCCAACAACGAGCAAAACCAGUUUGGUCAAUCAUCCGGAAGCAAACACUGAUGGGAAACCCUACAUGUGUGGGGAGUGUGGUUACAGAGCGGUUCAAAAAUCUACCUUAUACUUACAUAUGAGAACACAUACUGAUGACAAACCCUACAAGUGUGACCAGUGUGACUAUUCUGCUUCAAGAAAAUCCAGUUUGGACCAACAUCUAGCCAAACACACUGGUGAUAAGCCCUACAUGUGUGGGGAGUGUGGGUAUAGGACAUCUCAGAAAUCUUAUUUAUCCAGACACAUGAGGACUCACACGGGCGACAAACCCUACAAGUGUGACCAGUGUGACUAUUCUGCUGCACAAAAAUCCAACUUGGACAGACAUCUAGCAAAGCACACUGGUGAUAAGCCAUACAUGUGUGAGGGAUGUGGGUACAGUACAAGUAAAAAAUCUGCCUUAUCCCUACACAUGAUGAGAACCCACCCAGGAGAGAACCUCUGAAAGUUUGACCUGACUUUGUGACUUUCUGCUUCUUAAAGGAACGUCUAGCCAUGCGUAAGUUUGAGAAACCCUACUCGAGGGUCAAGAACAGGACAGCUCGGAAGUCUACGUUGCCGAAAAUAUGAAAAUUCAUAAAUGGGGAAACUCUACAAAUAUGGCCAGCGGGACUAUAUUCUGCAGCACACAAAACAUCUUCUUGGAUAAACAUUGUA